AUGGCUGAAGGAGAGAUGGCAGCUGUCAGUCGGGAGUGUCUGCAGGGCCUGGAUUUCCUCCAUUCCAACCGGGUGAUGCACAGGGAUCUGAAGAGCUCCAACAUCCUCCUGGGAAUGGACGGCUCUGUCAGGCUGGCUGAUUUUGGCCUCUGCGCUCAGCUCAGCCCUGAGCAGGACCGGCGCAGCUCCAUGGUGGGCACUGCUCACUGGAUGGCCCCAGAAGUUGUGACCAGAUCUCCUUAUGGCCCCAAGGUGGACAUCUGGGCCUUUGGAAUUGUGACCAUCGAGAUGGUGGAAGGAGAACCUCCUUACUUCAGGGAAACGGGGGCCAUGGCUCGCGCUCUGAUCCGGCAGAACGGGACCCCGCAGCUGCAGGAGCCCCGGCGCCUGUCGGCUCUGCUGCGGGACUUCCUCGAGUGCAGUCUGGAGCCGGACGAGGAGCAGCGCUGGGCUGCACAGGAGCUGCUGCAGGCUCCUUUCGAGGCCAGCUGGGCCUGGUGCCCCACAGCGAGCAGGGACAUCUUCAACAGGUCAGGGGGCUCCGAGCCCUGGCCGACCUGA